AUGGUCUCUCGCCGCGAGCAGCUCCGCCAGGAGAGCGGCUCGUACACGCCAAAGCUCGUCGCCUGCUUCUACGCCGUCUUCGACCCGACCCUCGGCCCUCGAGUGGUGCACCAGAUCCCCGAGGGCAGCGUCGCGACCGCCCUAUCGACCUUUCCCUCCAGACCCGACACGCCCAAGGACACCGACAGCCCGUCGACGCUGUCGCCCGCACCGGGCACGCCCGUGCGAGAACCCGACUCGCCCGCGACCGCGCAGCCCGUUCCUCGCGCCAACCCCGUCCUGUUCGACUUUGCGUCCAUCCUCGAUUUUGUCAUUCCCAAACCCGAGCUCUGCGGUCACCUCAUCACCAAGGCGACCCGGACGAGCAAGAUCCUGGGCUUCCCCGUCCGGAUCGUCGACGAGGAGAAGUACCACGGCAGCAAGGCCGUCUACAACCGCAACGCCUUCAUCUUCAACGUCUGCUUCGUCUUUGAGCGCGACGCCGAGCUGUCGGUCUACGAGCCCGUCGCUCGCAAGACGGGGCGCACGUUGUCGGCGCUCGAGGAGCAGUUCUCGCUCCUGUCGAACCCGCCACCGUCGUUCUCGAUGUCCAACCUCCUCGAGCAGCUGUAUCUCGACCUCAACGCCUACUUCGAGACGAGCAUCCCGCUCAUCGACACGAACCUCGACCUGUGCCUGUACCCGUUCUACGCCAACCCGCCCGAGGUGAGGAUCUGGGACGUGCCCAUCGCCGUCACCGAUCUCGAGCAGAUGAAGAGCUACUCGUGGGACGUCACGCUCUACAAGUUGUGCAGCUUCAUCAACGGCGUCAACCACGUCAAGCGCAUCGCCGAGCUCGCCGAGGUCGACCUGUUCCUCGCGCGGCAGUGCAUCCAGCACCUCGUGUACUACAACGCCGUCAUCCUCGUCGACCUGUUCCAGUUCUCCAACUCGUACGCCCUGCUGCCCGACAUCGCCGAUGCGGCCCAGUACGGCGAGGAGGACGAGGACAGCGGCGUCGACUUGCGCUUCGAGUGCGAGAACUACGUCCACGACGGUACACGCGACACGACCCCAGUUCCCUUUUCGACCCUCCUCACCUUCUACUCGCGCCUUCGUCCCGGCUACCCUCUCUCGACCUGGAUGGACGACCUCUCGCUCGACGCCCUCCCGAUCGACGUGCGCCGCAUGAUCCAGUUCGGCGUCAUCAAGGGCUUCCUGCGCCGCGCGCACGCCUACCCGGUCUGGCUCGACCACCCGGCGCUCAAGCCUCGAGCCGCGCGGGGCAGCGCGAGCAGCAGCGGGGCGGCGACGGCGACGGGCGCGAGUGGCGCUGCGGCAGCAGCUGCGGCUGCGUCGGCGGCUGCGAGGGCGCGACAGCGAGCGGCGUCGUCGGGCAGCAAGAGCGCGAGCGCGAGCGCGCCGACGCGGCGAGCAGGCGACCUCCCGCCCAAGCGCGUCCUGCACGCGACGCUCGACGCGCCGGCACCGCCGCAGCACAGCACCAACUCGCUGCGGCGCUCGUCGCCGCCGUCGCGCGGGAGCGGCGCCGGGUCGGGCGACGAGGACGAGGACCGUGCGGCCGGCGGCGGUGCGGGCGAGAACUCGAUCUCGUACCCUCCGAGCCUGGCGCUCCUGCUCGACGGCUCGCACCACACGGACGAGGUGUGCCUGCGGUACGGGAUCGGGUGGAGGACGCUCGAGGCGGUCCUGAGGGACUUGGGCGGCGGCGCGAAGGGGAUGGAGCGAGAGGGGGACGACGAUGAGGACGACGACGAGGAGGAAGAGGCACGGCGCGAGCGCAGGAGGACGAGGUCGAGGGACGACGAGGAGGCGAGUCUGUAUGGCGACAAAGUGGUCAUGCUGUGGAUCUAGAAGUGCUCCGUUCGCUGUUGUCAAUUCUAGCUGUUUCUCUCGUUC